AUGAGCCCUCAAGACCAAGGUGCUAGACUACAGGCAACUUCAUACAUGAGAAACUGGUGUGACAGCAGCAGCAACAACCAAAGCUGCUUAGGAAGAAUUCGUCUUCGAGCGAAGAAAAGAGAAUAUCAGUCUGUUCCAGAGAGUCUGGAUUAUUUGCCUUCACACAGUACGAUUUACAAGAAAUGGCUGCAGGGACAAAGCUACAGAUUGGACUGGGAUCGAUGGCUGAUGAUGGGCAUCAUUGGAAUACUAGUAGGAAUCCUGGGUUUCCUGAUCCACCAAAUAAUUGAUUAUUUCAUCCAGCUGAAAUGGGAACUGGUAGAGAGUUAUAUCCAGAAAAACAACUUUCACAUGACUUGGUUCUGCAUCCUUGGAAUUGGACUCAUUAUGAUCAUUGUAUCAUCAGGAUUGGUUGUGUUCUUUUGUCCAGCUGGUGCACCAAGUGGAUUACCAGAAGUCAUUGGUUUUCUGAACGGCGCAUCAAUUCAGCACGUUUUUAAUUUCAGGACUUUUCUGGGAACAUUUGGCUCUUGUGUUCUAGCUGUGGCAUCUGGACUUUUCUGUGGACCAGAGGGCCCUAUGAUUCACUUGGGAGCAAUAAUUGGAUAUGGAUUGAGCCAGUUCAAGCCAAAGAUCUUUGGAAUUAAUCUUCUCUCCUUUACCAGAUUUUGGAACACAGCAGACAAGAGGAAUUUUGUUACAGCUGGUGCAGGAGCAGGCAUUGCAUCUGUUUUCAAUGCUCCGGUGGGAGGACUUCUAUUUACACUAGAGGAGGUGGCAUCUUUCUGGGAUAUCAAGCUGGCCUGGCAAACAUUCUUUUGCUGCCUGAUGGCUGCCUUCACUACAGAUUUACUCUCCUCUUCUCUAUCUGGGUUUGUCUACAGAGGUCAAUUUGGGUUUUUCAAAGCAGAAAAGAGGAUUUUGUUUUGGGUUAAGAACUUACUGGAUAUGAGCAUCUUGGCCUUCAUUCCAGCCAUUUUCCUUGGAGUACUUGGGGGCCUUUUAGGAGCACUCUUUGUUUUCUUGAAUAUAAAGGUUAAUAAAUUUCGCAUGUGGUUCUUCAGCAGAAUUCCAAAAACAUCCCUCAGAAGAGCAAUGAAGCUCUUAGAAGUUGUGCUAGUCCUUGUUGUGACCCUUACCGCUACUGUCUACUUGCCAUAUUUCUUUCAUUGUACUCCAGUUAAGAACCUGCCAGCAUUUGAUCUAGAUAGUAAGUCCCAAAAUGUAAGCCAAGUUAGGUGGCAAGUUUCAGAGUAUAAUUGCCCACCAGCAACAAUUCAGAAUGGGCCAGAUGCAGUGAAAUAUUUCAACCAAACCUUUAAUGAAGCGGCUGCUCUCUUGGCUGAGAAUGGUGCGAGAGGUAUCACAUACCUAUUCAGACGUGGGACUCACAAGGAGUUUGGCUAUGCCUCUCUUUUUACAGCAUUAAUAUUCUACUUUCUAUUGUCCUGCUUGACUGCAGGCUCUGCUGUUGCCAGUGGUUUGGUUAUACCUAUGCUGUAUACAGGAGCAUUAUAUGGCAGAAUUGUUGGUUUGAUACUGGUUUCUGCUUUUGGCGUUCAGACUGAUGAAAGUGGUGCAUGGGUUGAUCCAGGGCUAUUUGCUGCAGUUGGAGCUGCUUCCUUCUUCAGUGGUGUUUCCAGGCUCACCAUCUCCUUGACUGUUAUAAUGGUAGAGAUCACAAAUGAUGUACAGUCUUUGAUACUCAUCAUGCUGGCUGUCAUGUUAGCCAAAAUGGUCGGCGACUGGUUUAACACAUCUUUAUACAGUUCUUUACUGAAGCUGAAAUGCAUCCCCUAUUUAGAUGCUGAGCCAUUUGUUUGCCACAGGGAAAACUGGUUAAACCUGGAAUUGUUUGCUGCCAAAGAUGUCAUGAAACGUCACGUCAGGGUUCUCCAUUUAAAGGAAAAUGUUGCUUUCUUGGCUCAGCUCCUUGCCAACACCAACCAUAGUGGAUUCCCAGUGGUUUGCAAAUCUAAGGCAGAUCAAGCAGAGGUGUUCCUGGGAACAAUUACAAGGCUUGAGCUCUCUGUGCUCCUGGAAAAUGAAGACAUCUUUGAAAUGGUCACUGAGGAAGAAUCUGAACCCUGCUCACUUCUUUCCUAUCAGAAGAUCAGAGCUGAAAAACUGCCUGAUCAGCAACGGAUGGCCAUAAUGUUGGACUGCUAUAGUACAGACCCUCUGUAUCAGCAGCUCUUCAUCAAUCUGGAACCAUACAUAAACAAGUCAGCCAUGUCGAUUCAAGCUAAUUUCUCUCUGCAGCGCACAUAUAUCAUCUUUCGGUCUCUGGGCCUUCGCCACUUGACUGUUGUGGAUUUACAGAACCAGGUUGUUGGCAUAAUCACCAGGAAAGAUUUGAUAUCUUUCCAACUGGAAGAAAAGUUAGGACUUCAGCAGUCAUCACAGCAGCCUCAGUCUGAUGAUGAGCUUCUAGACUAGGAAGUAAUUGGAUUGAGGAAUGCUUAGUUUAUCAAAUCUUUUCUUGUGUUUGUUAUUUUAAAAAGAAGGACAAUCAUGCAUUCUAUACCAUGAAAGUUAAAAAUUGUUGUUUUACUUUUAGGCUUGCCAUUAUUGCAAACGAAAAGGUCUGUUUCUAUUAAAAACAAAACAAAAAUAAGAUGUCAUAUAAACACACAACAACUGCACAAAGGGAAGGUAAAUAUAAAAAAAAAGAUAGUCAGUAGAGAGCCACUUACAAAAUGCAGACAGUAAAUACAACAAUGGCAACAUUUUGACAAAAGGAGAAAGCUGUUAAAAAUUGAGGAGAAAUGCCCAGUAGGUCUUUGUUAUUGCUGCAACAACUUGGAAAUUGUUAGGUUGAAAUGAUUAUAAACAGACAAAGAAGGCACCUUCAACUUUGCUAGCCAAUUGGGCAGUGUGUUAAAUUUUAGGUGGGGGUUGGCUUAGGCUAGAUUUCAGUCUAAGGCCAUAAUUAGCUUACUUGCUAAUUAGCUUACUUGCUGUUCACCGCUAUGAUCUUUGGAAUAGCGGUAUAUAAAUAAAACAAAUUAUUAUUAAAUUAUUAUAAUGUGUGCCCAGACAUCAUGAUCCCAACAUGUUAGCCUUUCCCUGGGAACAGAUGAAAAUGGCAACCUUUAUUCAACCUUACUAGUGGGAAUCAGGGUUCCUACAAGCCACUUUUAGACUUGUCUCAACUUUUUUUUCUAAGCAGUUUUUAUUCCAGAAAAGUAGGAACUUAUUUUUUGUGGUGAUGGUGCCAGCCAGAUAAUUCUUUCUUUGUGUCUUCAUGUUACUGGCAUUUCACCCUGAAAUAAAUGGGUUCUGCCUGUAGAAUUGUUGUGCAACAUUUAUGACAUGAACCUUUCCUGUUGUUUUGCUAGUAAAUAAAAACUCAAUAGGAGUUGUUUGGUCACAUCUCAGCAUAUAAAGGCAUAAAUUCAUUUAGAGGUUUCUCUGCAUGUACUGUUAUGUGAACAUGUGAUUCAUCUUAUGAAUAAUUUUACUAGAUUUUAUGCAAGCAAAGUAAUAAAGAAAAUUCCUCAUGAAGUAGAUGAGCAAAUGGUUAUUCAGAAAUAAAACUUGGAGGAUUAUGAAUUUGGGGAGUGAUCUCAUGCUGGAAGCAUUAGAGUAUAAAUAAGGUUUACAGGAAGAGUAAAUGUACGGGGCUGGUGGAUCAAAUGACAAAGCUCUUUAGACAUAUUUGUAACAUCAUGGGAGAAUUAAUUAGUUGUUGCAUUUUUCUUUACUUGAAUAUCAAAAUAUGGGGCUGUGGGCACUCACCUGUGGCCAAAGUUGCCAGUUGAGAUUAGGAUCGCAGCUGGGUGUUAGGCUCCCUGCCAGGCAGUGCUUUCCAAGGACUGCCAAUGAGAAGCGAACUGCAUCCUCACUUCUCAUUGGCUGCCAUGUGGCAGACCUGAGUGAAGACUGCAACUUGGCAGUCUUCACUCAGGUCCUGGGGAGUGGCAUAUAUUGCCGUGCUUGCAGCCCAUCAGGCCAGUUCCUCUCUGGUGUAUUACCUCCUACCCUCCCUUUAUAUUCUGUAUUCUUAUGUGUGUUUGUCACAACU